ACACCAAUCAAAGCCUUGGUAUGAUUUUUCCAAGUUGCUAAAAGAAGCUACAAACUUCAACCGAAGUCUAUUGAACAAAAUAAAUGCUAAAGAAAAUCCCACGAAACAACGCGUCAUGUGCUGAUACUGACAAGCCAAAGUCUACAACUAAAACUAUGUACACACGGUUUGACGGUUCUUUCUUUUGCCUACCACCCCAUUUCUUCGCUUCUUCUCCAUUUUCAGAGUUUCCACCUUCAUUCUACAUUUUACUAAAAGGGUUGGUUUUUUAAUUGGCUGCCACUCAAACGGUUUAUGCUGAAAACUCGUGGUUGUGCACUUGCUCCUUCCUCAACUUAGUGCCAUUGCUAUCUUCUUCAUAACUCUUUGUUGUAUUGGUAUCUCUCAUUAUUGAUACUAAUGAGGAUGUCACUCUUUUCAUUGCUUUUCUUGAAUUCUUUUGUAUUGGUUAUGCUUAUUGUUGAUGUGGUUUUGGUUUCGGCUCAAUGUCAAAAUGAUCAGAGUCGGUUGUUGCGUCAACUUGAAAGCAGCUUCAGCUACAAUCCAACUUCAUCAGGAAAGCUGGUGCCACUGAAAUGGAAUCAAAGCACAGAUUGUUGUUUCUGGGAUGGUGUACAUUGCGAUGGAGAUGGUCAUGUUAUCAGUCUUGACUUGAACAGCAGAUCAAUUUCAAGUUCAAUUGACAAUUCAAGUAGUCUUUUCCGUCUUCAACAUCUUCAGUGGCUCAAUUUGGCUUAUAACAAAUUCAAGCCAGUUUUUCCUACUGUGUUUGAUAAGCUGGAGAAUUUGAGUUAUCUUAACUUGUCCAAUGCUGGCUUUAAAGGGAAAAUUCCAAUAGAGAUAUCACGCUUGACAAGGUUGGUCACUCUUGAUUUAUCUGUAUCUUCACUUCUUGGAAGAUCAUUGAAACUUGAGAAGCCAAACCUAGAGAUGCUUGUUCAAAAUCUCAAGAGGCUGAGAUUUCUCUAUCUUGAUGGAGUAAAUAUAUCAGCUACGGGGAAUGAGUGGUGCAAGGCUUUAUUGCCGCUGACUGAGUUGCAAGAAUUGAGCAUGUCCUACUGUUAUCUUUCAGGACCUAUACUUUCUUCACUUUCCAGUCUCCGAUCUCUCUCGGUAAUUCGCUUGGACAAUAACAAUUUGUCGGCUUCAGUUCCACAAUUCUUUACAGAAUUUGAAAAUUUGACUUCCCUUCGUCUUACUGCCACUGGGUUGCGUGGAAGAGUGCCAGAAGAUAUUUUCCAGAUACGUACAUUGCAAAUUCUUGAUUUGUCAACCAACAAAUUACUCGAAGGUUCAUUUCCAAAUUUUCCUCUCAAUGCUUCUCUUCAAACUCUCACACUUAGUGGCACAAAUUUCAGGGGGCAAGUACCAGAAUCUAUCGGUAAUCUUGAGCAAUUGACAAGAAUAGAGCUUGUGGGUUGCAAUUUCAGUGGAGCCAUACCCAAAACAAUGAAGAACCUUACCCAACUUGUGUAUCUGGAUUUUUCCUUUAACCAUUUUUCUGGUCCAAUACCACCAUUCUCAUCAUCCAGAAAUCUUACACAACUAAGCCUUGCUCAUAAUCAGUUAAAGGGCACAAUUGAUUCCACCAACUGGUCCGGCCUUUCUAAACUAGUAAGUAUUGACUUACAAAACAACAUGUUAAGUGGAACCAUUCCCCCAAAUUUGUUUUGCAUUCCAUCACUGCGAAGACUUUUCCUUUCUCAGAACCAAUUCAAGGGUAACCUUGGUGACCUUCAUUGUAGGGCCUCUUCUUUGCUUGACACCUUUGAUCUUAGUAGCAACAAGUUACAAGGGCAAUUCCCAAUGUCUGUGUUUGAACUCCGUGGACUGAAGUUCCUAUCACUUUCUUCAAACAAGUUCAGUGGUUUGAUUCCGAUGAGGGCCCUUCAGAACCUGAAGAAUCUUUCCUCUCUUGAUCUCUCAUAUAACAGUUUGUCUAUUGAUGCCACUGAUACUAAUGUUUCCUCACUUUCUUUCCCUAACAUCACCACAUUGAAGUUGAUAUCUUGCAACUUAACGGAGUUCCCUGAUUUUUUGACAUAUCAGUCUAGAUUAUCCUAUCUAGACCUUUCAAACAACCAGAUUCAAGGGAAAAUACCGAAUUGGAUUUGGAAAGUGAGAAGCCUUAGAUACCUAAAUCUUUCUAAAAACUUCCUUGUAAAAUUUGAAAGAUCUUUGGAGAAUAUAAAUUCUAGUCUCAAUGUUUUGGACCUGCAUGGCAAUCGAUUGCAAGGGAAAAUUGAAAUUCUUCCAUCAAGUGCCACCUAUUUGGAUUACUCAAACAACAAUUUUAACUCUGUUUUACCAGCUCAGAUCGGUGACUUCCUCCAGUUUGCUUAUUUCUUCUCUGUCUCGGGCAAUAACUUCAAGGGGAGUAUUCCCAAGUCGAUAUGCAGUAGCUUAUAUCUCAGAGUACUUGAUAUGUCUGAUAAUUACUUGAGUGGGCCAAUUCCUAAAUGCCUGACUCGAAUGAGUGCAUCUCUUGGAGUACUGAAUCUAAGGGGAAACAAUCUCAGUGGCAUCAUUUCUGACACUUUUCCAGAAAGUUGUAAGUUGCAAACUCUAGAUCUCAAUCAGAACCGAUUGGAAGGAAAGGUUCCAGAAUCACUGCGGAAUUGCAAAAAGCUGGAGGUUGUAAACAUUGGCAACAAUCAGAUCAGUGGCAGCUUCCCAUGCCAUUUGAAGAAUAUAUCUAAGUUGCGUAUCCUUGUUUUACGAUCUAACAAAUUCAAUGGCAGUAUUCAUUGUCACAAGAACAAUAUUGGCUGGCCAAUGCUUCAGAUUGUUGACUUAGCAUCCAAUAAUUUUAGCGGUAAACUGCAUCAAAAAUGUUUGGCGACCUGGAAGGGUAUGCAGGUUCCUGAGAAUGAAGACCAGUCAAAGGUCAAACAUCUUGAGUUUCAGUUUCUUGAAUUCUAUCCAAAUCACUAUCAAGAUGCAAUAACAGUUACCAUCAAAGGUUUAGAGUUGGAGCUGGUGAAGAUCCUAACCGUGUUCACCACCAUUGACAUUUCUUGUAACAACUUUGAAGGGCGAAUACCAGAAGUCAUUGGAACAUUCAAAGAACUUUAUGGCCUAAACUUUUCACAUAAUGCUUUCACAGGGUCAAUGCCAUCAUUUUUAGGGAACCUGCAACAGCUUGAGUCCUUGGACCUCUCAAGUAAUUACUUGAGUGGUGGGAUUCCAUUGCUGCUUGUAAACCUCAAUUUCCUUUCAUUUCUUAAUAUCUCGAACAAUAAGCUAUUUGGACAGAUCCCAACUGGCACCCAGCUUCAAACGUUUUCAAAAGCUUCAUUUGAGAACAACCCUGGAUUGUGUGGGGCUCCUCUAACUGUAAAGUGUGCAAAUGUAUUUCGACCUACAACACAUACAGUGCCGGAAUUACAAUCAGUGGAUGGAUUAGAUUGGCUGUUCAUAUUCCUGGGGGUGGGAUUUGGUGCAGGAGCAGCAGCAUUUGCUGUACCCUUACUACUUUGGAAGACAGCAAGUAAAUGGGUUGAUGGCAACGUUGAUAAAAUCCUUGAGAUCAUCCUUCCAAAGGUGGGUCUCACUUACACACGUCCUAGUGACUUGAAGGUUGAGGCAGAUGAAAAUCCUGAGGAAGACAAGACAGAAAUUGAUGACGAUGAUGAAGAAGACGAAGACGAAGAAAGCAAGGAAACCACGGAAGAAUUUUGCGGGAGAUACUGUGUGUUUUGCUCCAAACUUGACAAUAACACCAUGAAGAAGAUAAAGAAGGAAUCCACCAUGGAAAGGGGUAACGAAAAAUGAACAUUUAAAUUCGGAUCCUCAGUAAAUAAUUGAAAGCAAUUUUCAACUCUUAA